AUGUUUAGGCCUCUGACCCAGAGCUGGAAGAGACUCCCCACCCCUGUGGCUGCACACUCUAUGAGAAGCACCAGUAAUGGAGCAAACUGCAGUCUCAAACUGGCCAACAAAGUCGCUGUGGUUACAGGGUCCACAAACGGGAUUGGCUUCUCCAUUGCUCGACGUCUGGCCCAGGAUGGGGCCCACGUGGUCAUCAGCAGCCGGAAGCAGCAGAAUGUGGACCGUGCCGUGGCCAUGCUGCAGAAGGAGGGACUGUGGGUGUCAGGCACUGUGUGUCAUGUUGGGAAAGCAGAAGAUCGGGAGCGGCUGGUGGCCACGGCCCUGGAACACUGUGGGGGUGUGGACUUCCUGGUGUGUGUCGCAGGAGUUAAUCCCUUGGUGGGAGGUACCCUAAAGAGCAGUGAACAGAUCUGGGACAAGAUCCUGGGUGUGAAUGUGAAGGCUCCAGCCCUGCUCCUGAGCCGGCUGCUGCCCCACAUGGAGAACAGGGGACAAGGUUCGGUGGUCCUGGUGUCCUCAGUGGCAGCUUAUAUACCACUUCCUAGGCUGGGAGUCUACAAUGUCAGUAAAACGGCCCUGCUGGGACUAACCAAGACUCUGGCGGUGGAGCUAGCACCGAAGAGCAUCCGUGUGAACUGCAUCGUGCCAGGCUACAUCAACACAGACUUCAGCCAAGUGGUGAGGACCAAGGGCGGGGUGUCACUGUUUCAGCCUCCUCUCCUCUCUCCAUACAGAGUGGGGCAGCCUGAGGAUUGCGCAGGACUUGUGUCUUUCCUGUGCUCCCCGGAGGCCAGCUAUAUCACUGGUGAGAACAUCGCUGUAGCUGGCUGGUCCCCCCACCUCUGA